CUAGUAAUCUGCUUCAACUGGAUCCCAUUGUCUUCUUGGUUGUGUGUGACAAUGCGUGCUGUCCAGAAAUCCACCCGCCUCUCGCGCUGCCUGCUAGCUACCAACGCUGUGCGCCAUAACUCUACAGCAGCAGCUUCCUCCGUUAAGCCGCUCACUUCGGUCUUGAUAGCAAACCGUGGAGAAAUUGCUCUACGAGUGGGCAGGACAGCCUCAGAGUACGGCAUUCGGACCACAACUCUCUACACCGACCCAGAUGCUCAAUCCCAGCAUGCUCUGAGCUCGCCCUAUGCCAUCAACCUCGGCGAAGCUUCUGCCUACUUGGAUGGAGACCGAAUAAUCCAGAUUGCCAAAGAGCAGGGCUGUCAAGGGAUACAUCCGGGUUAUGGCUUUCUGAGCGAGAACCCCGUCUUUGCACGGAAGUGUACUGAGGCUGGUAUCACAUUCAUUGGCCCGCCGUGGCAAGCCAUUGAGUCUAUGGGAAGCAAGAGCGAGUCAAAAGACAUCAUGACCGCGGCUGGCGUCCCAUGUAUACCCGGGUACCAUGGCGCUAAUCAGGACCCUGAACAUUUGAAGAACGAGGCUGCUAAGAUCGGAUACCCAGUACUUUUGAAGGCUGUCAAGGGCGGAGGUGGAAAAGGCAUGCGCAUUGUGAGCAAGCCGGAGGAAUUCUUCGACCAAUUGGCGUCUGCUAAGUCUGAGGCCCGUAACUCAUUUGGUGAUGAGGUGAUGCUGGUGGAGAAAUACAUUACCACUCCCCGGCAUAUCGAAGUCCAGGUUUUCGCAGACAAGCAUGGUAAUUGUGUAGCACUGGGCGAGCGCGACUGCAGCAUCCAGCGCCGCCACCAAAAGAUCCUCGAGGAGUCACCUGCUCCGCAUCUUGAGGAGUCGAUCCGCCAGGAUAUAUGGGAGAAGGCGAGGGCGGCCGCUCUGGCCGUCAAGUAUGAAGGUGCAGGUACCGUCGAGUUCAUCUUCGACAACGAUUCCGGCGAGUUUUUCUUCAUGGAGAUGAACACGCGGUUGCAGGUCGAGCACCCUGUCACUGAGAUGGUCACAGGCGAGGAUCUGGUACGGUGGCAGUUGAUCGUGGCAGAGGGAGGUCGGCUACCCCUAACCCAGCAGGAAGUCGAGCAAAGGAUCAAAGAGCGAGGAGCUGCCAUCGAAGCCCGCAUCUAUGCAGAGAAUCCCGACAUGAACUUCAUCCCAGACUCGGGCCGCCUGUUGCACCUCAAAACCCCACAAGCAACCCCCACAGUGCGCAUCGACGCGGGCUUUGUCGCUGGUGACGAAGUCUCUUCGCACUAUGAUCCCAUGAUCGCCAAACUCAUUGUCCAAGGCCCAACCCGUGAUGCCGCCAUCAAAAAGCUCCGAGCUGCUCUUGAAGACUACGAAGUGGCUGGCCCCAUUACCAACAUUGAAUUCCUCAAACGUAUCUGCACAAGCCCAGACUUUGUCGCCGGCGACGUCGAAACAGGAUACAUUCAAAAGCACCACGCCGAGCUCUUCACGCCAUCCCCGCCAGCCCCAGAAGUCUACGCGCAAGCCGCUCUCGCCGUCGCUCUCCAAGAACUCUCCUCUUCGCAGAACAGCGACCCGUUCACCGCGCCUCCCGUCACCGCCACAGGAUUCAACGGAACAUCCUUUCAACGCCGCACCCUCUCCAUCGUCGAAGUCCCCGCAAACACAUCAAUCCCAAACACAACCCCACCCACCAAAAUCUCCAUCCACCAGACUGCCCCCUCCACAUUCGACAUCACCGUCGGCGACUCCACCCACGUCUUCGCAAACGUCACCGCCUCCUUCGCGCCCUCCUCCAACACCCUAACUACAUUCUAUCCGCACACGCGCCUCGCUACAACGUUCGUCCGCGACGCGGACCGUCUAACGCUCUUUCAGCAAGGGAAACAGUACCGUCUCCAACUCGCGUUACCCACAUGGGCGGAAAAAGCGCUCGGCGUCAAGGACGUAGCGAACAGCGUGUUGGCGCCCAUGCCAUGCAAAGUACUGAGAGUCGAAAUCAAAGAAGGUGAUGUGGUGGAAAAAGACCAACCUCUCGUAGUCAUUGAGAGCAUGAAGAUGGAGACGGUGAUUCGCAGUCCGAGUCGCGGGACUGUGAGGAGAGUUGUUCAUGGUGCUGGCGAUCUAUGUAAAGCCGGCACCGCACUCGUCGAAUUCGAAGACGAGAAUCAAACCGAGGAUGGUAGAUAA